AUGGCAGCACUGAAAUCCACCACCAUGGUUAGCGCCUCUUUGCAACAGCCUACGCACCGGCUUGCAUGGGAGUUGACGUGGAAUUACCCCAUGAUGGAGAACCACAUCUGCCCACAUUCAUCGAAGACCACCGAACGAACCCUCCCCUCCACCUCCACAGACCAUAACGGUACCAGGCUGUGGAUGAUGGUGACAUUGAUACCAUGCGAGACGAACCUUGUCCAUGACGUCUUGCAGGGACUCCAUGACAACAGCACGCUCAUGACGACGGCAUGCUCCUUGCCUGUCAGCGAUACUUACUAG